AUGACUUCUUCAAACUCCGACCAGCGGCUGGACCACCUUCUGAGCGUGGUGGAGAGCGAGUUUCAGAAGGGGAGCGAGAAAGGAGACGCAUCGGAGAGGGAUAUUAAACUGGGACUAGAAGACGCAGAAUUAUGGACCAAGUUUAAAGAACUAACCAACGAAAUGAUCGUCACCAAGACUGGCAGGCGGAUGUUUCCAGUGCUCAGAGCGAAUGUGAGCGGCUUGGACCCCAACGCCAUGUACUCAGUCCUAUUGGACUUCGUGGCUGCAGACAACAACCGGUGGAAGUACGUGAAUGGCGAGUGGGUUCCCGGUGGCAAGCCCGAGCCACAGAGCCCUAGCUGCGUCUACAUCCACCCAGACUCGCCUAACUUCGGAGCACACUGGAUGAAAGCGCCUGUCUCAUUCAGCAAAGUCAAACUGUCCAAUAAACUCAACGGGGGAGGACAGAUCAUGCUGAACUCUCUGCACAAGUAUGAGCCCAGGAUACACAUUGUGAAGGUUGGAGGGCUCCAGAAGAUGAUCAGCAGCCAGUCUUUCCCCGAGACUCAGUUCAUCGCUGUCACUGCUUACCAGAACGAAGAGAUAACUGCGUUGAAGAUCAAACACAAUCCAUUCGCUAAAGCUUUCCUUGACGCCAAAGAGAGGAGCGACCAUAAAGACAUUCCAGACCAUGGUGGAGACAGUCAACAGUCUGGUUAUUCCCAACUUGGUGGUUGGUUCCUACCUGGCAACGGCCCUAUGUGCUCCAGCAGCAGCCCCCCUCCGUUCAGCGGGGCCCCUGGCCCCUCCUCAGGGUCUUAUUGUGAGAGGUACUCCAGCCUGAGGGGCCACAGGGCAGCCCCCUACCCCAGCCACUACCCACACCGCUCCUCCAGCUCAAACAACUACAUGGACAACUCGUCGGGAGUCCUGCCCACCCAUGACAGCUGGUCAGCCCUUCAGAUCCCUAACUCCUCUGGGAUGGGAACCCUGGCCCAUACCACCAACUCCACAUCCAACUCCAGCCAGUAUCCUAGCCUGUGGUCUGUUGCCGGGACAACCCUAACUCCUUCUGGCUCCUCCUCUGGUUCCAUUGCUGGCGGUCUGACCAGCCAGUUCCUGCGAGGCUCCUCCUACACUGGCCUGACCUCCUCCCUGCCCGUUUCCUCACCAUCCUCCAUGUACGAUCCCAGCCUUAGUGAGGUGGGUGUAGGCGUGGGUGAGGCCCAGUUCGAAAGCUCCAUCGCCAGGCUCACCGCCUCCUGGGCACCUGUGGCUCAGAGCUACUGAGCACAAUGCAUCUUCCAUCAGACAUUGACUCUCCUCAAGCACCAUCCUGCUCCACAUCACCUCCCUCUCCUCUCUACUGCCUGACGAUCACCUAGGAAACCUUUGGGUUGAUGCAUUACAUGUGGACAGCAACGCCUGUGAAAGGCAGAGAGUCAGCUCAGAAGAAGAUCUAUCUGAAGCAGAGAGAUGUAGGGUCUUCUCAGGCCUUGUGUUUUACCAACAUGAAAUGGUUGGUUUCUCCAUUCCAAAGACCCUAGAUUUUCUAAACCAAAGUCCAUAGGUUGCCAUUCUUAAGUUACACACUUGCUGUCUUAGUGGAAGAGGCAUGUGUUUUUCCAUUGAGAGUUUCCUUCACUCUGUCCGAGGUGCAGUUACAAGCCAAAGACAAUCUGACAAUACUUCCUCCACAAUCGUUCCAGUUGCUGGUGUGUUACUGUAGUCGUGCCCUUCAGUACAGACACAGGACUCAAAGACAAUCGUACACUGGCGUAAGACAAUCAGGAUCACUAGCUACCCAAAGCUAAGUUUAUGAAGUAACCCCCUCAACUUUACUAAAGGGGCCAAUCCUUACAGUGGCUUGCAAAAGUAUUCACCCCCUUGGCAUUUUUCCUAUUUUGUUGCCUUACAUCCUUGAAUUGAAAUUGAUUUUAUGGUGGGUUGUAUCAUUUUAUUCACACAACA